UGUACGUAAUAGGACCACAGUUUAGGUGAAAUAGCUAGACAACUCAUGGAAGUUUCCCCAGUUGAACAAUCUGAACGGGUUUAAAUAGCCUGCUAGAAAUCCCUUGAUCAAUGCAGUCAAAUAUCCCAAACUCUGUGAAGCACAAUGCAGCUUUACCUCAUUCUCGCAGCGCACUGCUGUCUGACGCUGGUGGACUCCGCGCCGCUCCGGACGCACGAGCUGACGCGCGCCGUGGACAGCGCCAUGAGUUUAGCCAGGAAGAUCCUGAGCGACAUUCCCGCAGCGCACGAGGCGUGCGUCAAAGCCACGGGUUUGACCCUUUCCAGUGAAUCAGAACACUUGGAGUAUUUACUGAGUGACAUUGGCAUCCCUGCGCCUCCGCUGCUCAAGUCAGAGCACCUCAGCCUGGAUGUGAGUUUAAGCCGUAUUGUAGACGGUUUGGAGCUACACCACAAACUUCUGCAGGAAAUUAAAGAGCUCUUGACCUCCACAGAAGAACUGACCCUCCUGCUGGCAGAUAUUACAGACCUGUCUGCUCAGGUCCAUAAGAUGCAGCAGCUGGCCCAGAUUCCCACAGAAUCCCAGAAAACCACGUUCCCAGCGAUCUCUCCACAGCUCAGCAGUGACUAUCAUGUCCAAGUGGCCAUCCACCUUUGUCUUCAGCAGCUGCGCAGUUUUACUCAUGAUGUCUUCCGCAGUCUACGCCACAUUGCUGCAUCAAACUAGUUGACCAGUACUAACCCAACCAACCAGUCCCUGCUAUAUUUUGUAUUUUCUGCGUAGAAAUGUAUUUUUGUAAUGCUCACUGUUUGUGUUAUCCUUGCUAAGUUUAAGAUGAACUUUAGAAUAAUUUUAUUUAAUCAGAUGUUUUAAUUUUAAUGUAUUUAAUAUUUAUUUAAUAUAUAACUUUUAAUAUUUAUUAUUUUUAGUAUUAUUUUUAUGAUGUUAUAUUGACAGACAUUGUACUCUGUGGGUACUGUGUAGAUAUCUAUUAAAACUUAUUUAUUAUUGAUUAA